AUUGUAGAGGCUGUAGAGUGGGACACAGCAUUGCGCGAAGCCAAGAAGAGGGCCUUGUCAUUCAGAUUCAGAAGGCAAAUAAUAAGCUACUGCUAGCAAAUACGUGUGUGUGUGUACAUAUAUAUAGAGAGAGAGAGAGCCACUAAGCAGUUGCAAGCAGUAGAAGCAACAAUGGUGUCCAUGAGCAUGGGGGAAGCACACAGAAGAAUCACAGAUUACCUUAACCGAUUCUCCGACGCCGUUUCCUACCAGGAUGGCGCUUCGCUUAAGCUCCUCCUCGCCGUCUCCUCUCUCCCCUCCCUCGCCGAUGCUCUCAACGUCUUCCAGGACGCUAAUAGAGUGAUCAAGCAGUCUGAAAAGUACUCUCAAUUUGGGGAAAUCAUAGCCCCCCUCUUCCGCUCUUUGCAAAGCUACAGACUUGGUCACUUGCUCGAUUCCUAUCAAGCCUACGAAAAAUCUGCCAAUGCUUUUCUUCAGGAAUUUCGGAACUGGGAAUCAGCAUGGGCUUUAGAUGCGCUCUAUGUUAUUGCUUAUGAAAUUCGGGUUUUGGCAGAGAAGGCUGACAGGGAGUUGUCUGGGACGGGGAAAAACCCGGAGAAAUUGAAGGGGGCUGGCUCGUUCCUCAUGAAAAUGUUUGGAGUUCUUGCUGGAAAAGGCUCCAAACGUGUUGGGGCAUUGUAUGUAACGUGCCAACUCUUUAAGGUUUAUUUCAAGCUUGGUACGGUUCACCUCUGUCGAAGUGUGAUUCGAAGCAUUGAAACUGCUCGUAUAUUUGAUUUUGAGGAAUUCCCUGUUAGAGAUAAAGUCACCUACAUGUACUAUACUGGCCGUUUGGAGGUUUUUAAUGAGAAUUUUCCCGCUGCUGAUCAAAAACUGUCAUAUGCCUUAAAACAUUGCAAUGUUCAUAGAGAAGCAAAUAUAAGGAUGAUCCUGAAAUAUUUGAUACCUGUGAAGCUAUCAAUAGGAAUUUUGCCUAAGAUUUCACUCUUGGAGAAAUAUAAUCUGGUUGAGUACACUAAUGUUGUUCAAGCUCUGAAAAGGGGUGAUCUCCGACUACUUAGGGAAGCUCUCCAAGUGCAUGAAGACCGGUUUUUGAGAUCAGGUGUCUAUCUUGUGCUAGAAAAGCUAGAGCUCCAAGUUUAUCAAAGAUUGAUAAAGAAGAUAUAUUUCAUCCAGAGGCAGAAGGACCCUGCUAAAGCCCAUCAGGUUAAGUUAGAAGUAAUUGUGAAGGCAUUGAAGUGGCUUGAAAUGGAUAUGGAUGUUGAUGAGGUUGAGUGUAUUAUUUCUAUACUAAUAUUCAAGAAUCUUGUGAAAGGGUACUUUGCACACAAGAGCAAAGUGGCGGUUUUAAGCAAACAAGACCCUUUCCCCAAGUUAAAUGGAAAGCCGGUGAAUCCCUAGAGAUGGUUAAUUUGAUUGCUUGGCUUCAGAUCUGGUGUUAUAGAAAAAAAGAGUGUUUAUAACAUGAUACGGUGAAGAAGGUAAACAGCUUUCAUUUAUCAUAACUUAAUUAGUAUAUUCUUCUGGUGCAAAACUAACUGGAGGAGAGAAGUUUUAGUCUAGUGGGAUGGGAAGAAAAGGCUCUGUUUUUUACUUUUGAGCAUUGUGGUUAAGUUGAUAGAUAUGCACUUAUUGAGGAAGCAAAUGAAUGUGUUAAUGAUGAUUUAUGAUUAGUCCGGUUAACGGCCUGAA